GAUGUACAGCACAGCCGGUCGGACAUGGCAUUGCAUGCGCCAUGACUGCAGCUGAGGCGAGUGCUCUCAAGGAGGAUCGCUUCUACACCUCCGAUGUCUUGGCGCGGCUGGAGCCCUUGCCCGACUUCUUGCAGAAGAAGGAGCAGUGGCUGGCCGCUGCCGUCGCCCAGCUCGCCCUGCGCGGCUGCGGCCGCGAGGAGAUCUCGUACCUGGUGAACCUGCCGGAGGAGGUACUCAACGAGGACUUGGAGGGUCAGGAGGGCACCUGCCUUCUGGACCUCGACUUCCUGCCAAUAGGUGCAGGGUGCCUGAUUCAGGGCUCGGUGAGCGCCGCGCAUCUCAACGGGCUGAGCUGCUGCUUGCUGCGGCCAUUGCGAGAGACCCACGCCCUGGUGGCCGCAGAGGGCACAGACUUGGGAGAGGGUACAGGCGUCCCGGUGCUUCUGGCCCGCAAGAACCUGAUCUUCCAGAAGAAAGCGGCCACGUUUUCGCCGGAGGAGGAGGUCCCGGAUCCUGCACAGCUGCUUGGUGCUACGGCGCUGCCCGAGGACUUGUGCAACGAGGAGGCGCGGCGCUGGCUGGGCGGCCUGGUGGGACGCCUGUUGCUGAGAUCUUGCGGCCGGGAGGAAAUUGGUUUCUUGCUCUCCUUGCCCAGCAGGGGCAAGGAAGUCUCCUUUGGAGCCCCGGCGUUGCCCUCGUCAGUGGCGGCAGAGCACUUGGGCAUGAUGUUGCAGGACCUGGCCUUCUGCCCUGUGGGCGCGAUGGUGCGAGUGGAGGGCUCCAAGAGCAUGGAACGCCUCAACGGGCUGCAAGGCGCUCUAUCCGAGUCCUGCCCCAGCUACGCGACCCACGCCAAGCUGAGUCUUCCAGGUGAAGGCGAAAUCCUGAUCCACCGGAAGAACCUGCGGCUGGUGGCCUAUGGGGGCCUGAAAACUGUGCUGAAGGAGCCGCGAACCGCGGCCCCAGGCCCGGGAUGCGCGUGGUUUUCCUGUUGCUCAGCAUCCUUUGCGCAGAAGCAGAGCAUCAAGGCGCCAGCGUCCCUGGCAGACGAUCUCCGGCACUUGGCCGAGCUGAAAACUGCCGGCGCACUGAGCGACGGAGAGUUUCAAGCUGCAAAGCGCAAGCUUUUGUCCUAGCACCUAGCACCUCGCAGGUUCGUCCUUAAGUGAUAGACAUGUGGCAGGACGGC